GUUGUUUACAUCUUGUGAAAUGGUCUAUAUGGCGACGACGCGGUGAUCUGCGCUAAAUCUGAAUCAUGUCGUCCUCAAGCCCCACAACCAAGACCAGAGGCAAAAGGGGAAGUUUUGAGUUUGAUCAUCCAAACAUGUCUUUGAGAAGGAUGGUGUUGGUGGGGAAGACCGGAGCAGGGAAAAGUUCUUCUGGAAACACAAUCCUGGGCAGAAAAACCUUCAGAGCAGCAAAAAGCGGUUCGUCCGUGACUAAAGAGUGCUGGAAGGAGACUGGAGAAGUGGCUGGAAGAGAAAUUACUCUGGUAGAUACACCAGGACUGUUUGACACAGGUGUUUCCGAGGAAUAUCUUAAGGAAGAGAUCAGUAAGUGUAUAAACAUGACGGCACCUGGACCUCACGCCAUCAUCCUGGUCAUUAAACUCGGCCCGUUCACUGAAGAAGAGAAACUCUCAGUGGAGAAGAUCAGAGCCAUAUUUGGAGAAGAAGCAGAUAAACACACACUCAUCCUCUUCACACACGGGGAUGAACUGACCACCACUAUUGAAGAUUACCUCAACGAAGCCGAUGAAAACCUGAAAGAAAUCCUGAGUCGCUGUGGAGGAAGAUAUCACGUGUUCAACAAUAAAAACAUGGAGGAUCGUAAACAAGUUGUGAAGCUGCUGGAGAAGAUAGAUGACAUGGUCUCUGAUAAUGGAGGAGGAUUUUACACCAGUGACUCUUACCGGGAAGUGGAGAUCAUGCUGAACAAUAAAGAAGAGGAACUGAAGAAGCUGUAUGAGAAGAAACUACAGGAGAAAGAGAGAGAACUGGAGUCCAGAUUUGCUGAAGAAAAGAGGAAACUACAGGAGAGAAUAGAGACACUAACAGCAUCUGAACAAGAAAAAGAUGAGAAGAUCAAAGAGCUGGAACGACUGAAUCAGAGGAACCAGAUUGAAAUGAUUGAGCUCAAGCGUUAUUAUGAAGCAAAGCUCAGAGAGGCCAGACAGGAGGCAGAACUCACUCAUAUUAAUGAGAGACAAAUGAUGGAGAUCUUCACUAAGUUACAAAGCCUCCAACUCUAAUCACUGACUUUGUGAAAUAAACAUUGCAUAUGUCUGUUUUAAAACUUUUGAACAUGGUCCGUAUCGUUUGGGGUGGUUGAUUAAGAUUUCACUUUUAUAACUUUAGUUAGUGUGUAGUGUAAUGCAGACACAAAAACAGUGCGUUUUUGCUCACCCUCAAAAACUGACAACUUUUUGUGGGGUAUUUUGAGC